GCUGUCUAUCGGCGUGUGUCGUGCGUGAUGAUGGUGAUAUUAGGUAGGUUUUGAUGGUUCGGACAAAUUGACAACUCUUGGAAUAAUCUCAUCUUCGAGAAGACGUGAGUCAUGGCGGAAUAUUUAGCAUCUAUCUUCGGUACUGAGAAGGAUAAAGUAAACUGCUCUUUUUACUUCAAAAUCGGCGCCUGCCGUCACGGCGAUCGCUGUUCGCGUAUCCACAAUAAACCUACAUUCAGUCAGACAUGCCUGCUUCAAAAUCUGUAUGUGAAUCCCCAAAAUUCUGCCAAAAGUGCAGAUGGCUCCCAUUUGGUCGCAAAUGUAUCAGACGAAGAAAUGCAAGAGCAUUAUGAUAACUUCUUUGAAGAUGUCUUUGUUGAGUGCGAAGACAAGUACGGCGAAAUCGAGGAGAUGAAUGUGUGCGACAAUCUCGGCGAUCACUUGGUAGGUAAUGUUUACAUCAAAUUUCGUAGAGAGGAAGACGCGGAGAGAGCUGUGAAUGACUUGAACAAUCGCUGGUUUGGUGGUCGACCAGUAUAUGCCGAACUUUCACCAGUGACGGAUUUCAGAGAGGCUUGUUGUCGUCAAUAUGAAAUGGGAGAAUGCACACGUUCCGGAUUCUGUAACUUUAUGCACCUGAAGCCCAUCUCGCGUGAGCUGCGCCGCUACUUGUACAGUCGCAAGAAGAGCGGCAGGGGACGAUCUAGAUCGCGUUCGCGUUCACGCGGCCGAGAUCGCAAGCGGCGAUCACGAUCGCGCGACAGACGAUCAAGAUCUAAAGAUCGUCGGAAAAGGGACGACAAAGGUAGGGACGGCCGAUCUGGAAGAUACUAAUUAUAGAAAAUGAUUCUUCAUUCCAACUGAUCUAACAUUAUUUAACGGACGGACUUGAUACAAUGGAUCUAUCUUGUGCGUGUUCCAGAUGAAAAGUAUCUAUAUACACAUAUAUCUUAUAUAUUAUAUAUUUAUACGUGUAAUCAAUAGAAUUAGUGCUCUUCAACAUUAUAUCAUUUGUUAAUAAUUUAAUGACUCCGAAUUAAUUGAAGGAUGUCUUUUUCGCGCAAUGAAAAAUGACAGACACAAAUAAAAUA